AUGCGGAGCCAAACGCCGCUGGAGGGGGAACGCGGUGGUCCAGGAAGUCGACGCAUGUCCGCCUCGAAUCGAUUCCGUGCGAGCACAUCCAACUUGCCGCGACCUCAAACGAACAUCCGGGAGCCAAGGGUCACUUCAUUCCGAGCGACGCAACCGACGUACAAUCUCCUCACCGGAGCCGAAUCAAAUCCCCGACCUGGCUCGCGGCAGAGCCAGGCUGCUGAAUCGGUCCGCCCCGCCUCCCGACAAAGCCAUGCUGCGGACUCGGUUCGGCCUGGCUCGCGCGAGAGUUCAAAGGAAAACAUGGCGCCGCCAGACGCAGACGAGUACGAAAAGUACCGACGGGAGAUAGAAACGCUCAAAGCCGAGAUCGGCACCCUUCAGUAUCGGGUACAGACGUCGGAGCAGGAAAGGGAGAUUGCCCUGUCCCAACAGAGCAACAAGCUCGAGCAGUCUCGGCGACGCGAGCAGGAAGAGGUGCAGCAGCGGCAAGCAGCCGAGACGGAAAAGGCCAAGGCCGCACUCCAGGUCGAGUCGGCGAGACGCGAGAUGGACGAGCUCAGGGAAUCUGCCGAGAUGGAGCAAAAGGCACUCGAGCGCAAGGCGCGUGCUGCCCAGGAUGAAGCCUCCCUCCUGCAGGAACAGCUCGAGGACCUCGCCUCCGCCAAGGAGGAAGCGGCGAGGAUAUCCGACAAGAAAACGACAGACUUGCAGAUGCAGGUCGCCGCCUGCCAGAAUUCGGUCCGGGAGCUGGAGCAAACGAACCAAGCGCAGGAGGAAGAUCUGCAGCAGGCUCAGGGCCAGCUGGCGGAUCGAGACAUGCAGAUGGCCAGCUUGGAAGCCGACGUUCUGCGUCUCAAGGCCCACAGCGGCGACGCGGAAACCAUGGAAAUCAUCAGGAGGGAGCUGUCGGAGCAGGUCCAGCAUAUUCGUGCUUUGGAGUCGACCAAUCGCGACCAAUCAUCCGAGUUGAAGCACCUGAGAUCAAUCUGCAAAGCCGUCGAGAUCGUCGAGGAGGAAAAGCGGACACUGCAGCGCAGGCUCGAGAUGGCCGAGACUCUCGAGGCCGAGCUCACCGAGGCACGACUCCAGCGUCACAGGCUGGAGGAUGAGCGUUUGGCCUGGACCGCGUACCUGAAGAAUGCAUCCGAAACGGGAGAUGAUGAGUUCGACUCGCCGGAAGCCAUGGCUCGUGCGCUGGUGCAGGGGCGGCUGACGGCCGCCUCGUACGUCGAGCAGCUGGGCACCUUGCGUGCCGAGAUAAUAGCGCUGGAAAAUACGGCCAAGACGCUCCGGGAGGAAAAGGCGCAGCUUGCGGAUCAAGCGGAGGCUGCCAAGGCUUCGGCCGGGGCGGUGUCGGUGGAUAAAGCUCGCAUGCGAAUCGACCGCCAGCGCACCAUGGCUCUCAAGGAGGUCGAGUACCUGCGCGCGCAGCUCAAAGUCAUCGACAACGAAGAUCACACGAUGCAACCGGCGCAGUAUGACGACGCACGCGCGGCCCGCAUUCGGGAUCUCGAGCUGCUGGUGGACGAUUACAAGGCCGAGGUGCAAACGCUGCAUGCCGAGAUGUCCGCGGCCGAGCCGGGCGGCAACGUGGCGCCGAUGGUGGGGACAAAACGACUCCGCGCUCAAGACGAGGACGCCCAGGAACAGCUGGGGCAGUUGAACCGCAAGAAUCGUACGCUCCAGGACGAGCUCACAAACCUGCAGACGGAGAUGGCGCUUCUGCAAAAGGACCUGGCAGCCAGCCGGGAGCAGCUGUCGGCCACGAAAGAGCACAGUCAGACGCGCGUGCUGUCCUUGCGAUCGAACCCCACGUCGGACCACGAGGCCAUCAAGCGCAGCACGUUGGAGGCGCUCCGAAAGGAGAACGUUGACCUGCUAGCCAACCUUCGAUCGAGGCACCCCGACCCGACCGUGCCGGUCAUCCCGACCUCUGUGCUAGGCGCGAUGGAGCGGGAAAUCAUGGCAGCAAAGGCCGAGACGGCAUCGGCCAAGAAAUCUGCCCAGAGGCUCAAGGAAGUCUGGGGGUCGAAAUCGCAGGAGUUCAAGGAGGCCAUCUUCUCCACCCUCGGCUGGACUGUCACCUUCAUCCCAAAUGGCAAGAUGCGGGUGGAGAGCACAUUCUUCCCGUCCAAGACGGACGAGCACGAGAACUCGAUCGUCUUUGACGGCGAGCGAGGCACCAUGAAGGUCGGCGGUGGACCCAAGAGCGCGUUUGCGAGACGCAUCGGUGAUCAGAUCGGCUUCUGGGUGAGGGAGAAGGGGUGCAUUCCGGGAUUCCUGGCGGCAUUGACGCUCGAGUUUUAUGAGGAUCACACAAAGGCUGUGCGGGAUUGA